AUGAUGCUUCCUUACUAUAGUUUUGAUGGUUUGGAAAACAGCUGUGUUACUAGAGUCAGAUUCUCGCCUCUAAAGAAUGAAGUUUUGGCGGUUGGGGUGGAUUCCUCCGGGUACGUCCGUUUGAUGGACCUGCAGGCCCAAAGGAGCGCCAAUUACAACUACGACAAGCACUUGGGUCCUGAAAGUGACGUUUACGUGCCACACCUGUGCGACUUUUCCUUCAACGAGUGCGGCAAGUGCAUAUACGUGGCUUCUUCCGACGGUUCCGUCUCGAUCAGCGCCUUGAACAUGAUUGGAAGUCGUCUGGACAGGAGGAACAAGCUCUUCACUCUCUACGAUACGCACAUUGGCGGCACAUUUUGCGUUUACCCUUCGCCAGAGUACGAUUUCAUGAUCUACACCGGGGGAGGCGACGGCUACAUUAGACAGUGGGACCUGAGGCUGCUGUCAAACAGGAACAUUUACAGCAUCGACAACAACAGCGAGAAGCAGUGGUCCAAGCCGCUCCUCUCCCUUUGGGCCCACAUUAGGCCGGUCUCUUCCAUGAGCCUGGAGAUUGAGAAGCACAUUUUAACCUGCGGAUUCGGCGAGAAUCUGAGGAUGUGGAGCGCGGACACGUUCACAGCGACGGAGACUCUGGACAGCAGGUGCGAGGAUUUCGGAAUUUGGGACGUCUGUGUGAACACCUGCAACCGAUGCGCCGUGGCGAUUGGGGACUAUGGGAGCGUCUGGACCUUUUCCUACGACCUCAAGUGCAAGGAUCUGAGACGCUUCCACUUCAAGGACGGCGUCGCCAACGAGGACGUCUGCAAGGAGGACCCUCCGCUCUUCAUCAAGUGGCGCAGGAUCUGCGUCUAUGGCAACAAGGUCGUCAUACCGACCGUCAACAAGGACGACUACACCAAGGGCUACGUCAUCGACGUCGGGUCCGGGGAGAUUGUCGACAGGCUCCUCUACCCAGAGGACUGCAAGCUCAGGAACCACAACAUCGCAUCGGUCGACGCGCAUCCAAAUCUUCAUGUUGGGCUUCUCAUCUCUGGAGGUUCGUAUUCGUGGUUUUCCAGUCUAAAUUUCACACACGAACCUACAGGUGGCGUCAAUAGCGGAAUGUGUACGGUGUGGCUCGACGAGUUGAGCCGACCAGCCGCUAAAAUGUGA